AUGUCGGCGGUUCGUUCAGCGAUCACACGGCUUGGUUUGGCUCGGUCCUUGGGGGAGAGUCAGAUUGGUGUAUCUCGUCCCGUUGAAUCGACUCGAGGAGCAGCGAUUCGUUGUUUCAGCGACGACAAAGGUCGUGUGCUCAGCGAAGAGGAGCGCGCGAAAGAGCGCAUGUACAUCCAGAAAAUGGAGCAGGAGAUACAGGAGAAGAAGAAGAAACUCGCGGAACAGAAGCCAGCAAACGAGAAAGGAAGCGCAGGGAAGAAACCUGAGGGAAAGUAA